UUCAGUUUCAUCGCUCUUAUAUUUCAGUAGCAAUCCUUCUGACAAAAAAACCCUAGAAAUCUCCUAAAACAAAAUCAUAGAUUAAGCUUCAAUAUCUUUUAUUCAGUACUCUUUUAAGCGUAUUUCAGAUUCAAUUUCAUAUUUUAUCAACGUCAAUUCAUUUUUUUAACAUCUUUGUAUCAAGAACAUCUAAGUUCUUGAUUUCUCUGAAUUGAUUCUAGUUAGGAUUUUCUUUUCAUCUCGAAACCCUAAAACCACAAUGAACAAGAUAACACCAAAUUGGUGGUUCAAUUCAAGUAAACCUAGUGUGAAAGAAGAAGCCACGAAUCGAUGGUUGAAAGGAAUUGAGCAUUUAGCGAAAGAGGGAAUAUGGUGGAGAAGACAAGAGAUGCUACCGGAUAAAGACUAUUGGGCGGUAUUUUCUAAUGGGAAUUUUGGAGAGCUUGAUCGAGGAGCAGAUAUCAAGUUAAGGAUGGGCAUGCCAGAUACGGAGUAUUUGGCGUUCCUUGACGAUAAUUCGUUUUACCUCUUAAUUUGCUAGAACAAGUCUGUUCUCGUUAGUAUUGGGCGUCUUAAGGCAAUGCUCUCGGAAAGUGAGAUUAUAGUUUGGAAAGACAAUGAUCCAUUUACGUUUAUGAAGAAGUUAGUUGCCCGGGUGUCUGAUCGGCAACACGGUGAGAAAUUAGAAGUCUUAGCACUCGAAAUGUGAUUGAAGGAAGCUUUGGUCGGUCUUGAUAAUGAAUUGGUAUCUUUAAACAUAGAGGUUCCUCCUCCAGUUAAACGUAUUCCCGGUAUUCCCCAUGUGGAGAAUAUCAAGAUUGAUCUUGAAAGACUUACAUCUCAAUUCAGAAGGCUAGAGUCUAGUCCACUGCAGAAAAUGUGCUGCUUCGAUGAUUUGAAGGAAAUCAAGAUUCAUCUUGAUAGAAUUACAUUUGCAGUAAGAAAGAUAAUUGCGGAAAUUAGCGGGUUGCUGAAAGACCUGCAAGUGUCCCUGCAGCAGAUGGAAGAUACAACGGGAGAUGAUGAAAAAACGGAGAUGCUGAUUGAAGUACUAACAGGGUCUUUGGCUGAGUAUACAUUGGUUUCUAAAGGUUUAAAUACGAUGUCCGAAAAUGUUAAUCGACUGGAGUACACACUCGAGAUUGCUCUUCAAAAGAAAAAUGUGGCCAUAUCUCAGUUUGGUCUGAUUAUGACUAACCUAGGUGUAAGCAAUGGUAUUGUUGCUGCGGUAGCCGAGUUAUUUGGUGUAAACGUGAGAAUGGGAAUCAUCGGAUCAGAGCGUCACGUGCUAUGGUGGUUAUCUGGAAGUUGCAUCACGCUGGGUGUAUUAGUCUUUAUAGUCCUAUGGAUUAUCAGCAAGAGAAGAGGCCUCCUCGAUUGAGAGGUAAGUCAACAGUGGGCUGUACUUGUUUGUGUGUCUUCAAUUUUAUGCGUGAUAGUUUUCUCAUGAGCUUAUUGGCAUAAUUACUGAAUCCCAUAGUUCAGCAAUCUUAGUAUAUAUAAUUAUAUGAGUACAUGUAUGUUUAUUUGUUGUAUAUUGGUUGU